AUGGGCUCUGAACUAGGCCUCACGGCUGACUCCAAGCCCGCGGCUAGGCUCAACGGGAUCGGCAUAUGGUGGAUUUGCUGGACUACAGGAUGGACGUUGGUGUUGCUCUGGGGCAUGGGCUUUCUCAUCUACCAGCGCCGUAUGCCGAUGCUGAGGAUAAGAGGAAUCGGGUUGUCGCUGUCUGCCAUCUCUCUGCUUCACCUCUAUUGGAUAUCCGUGCAACUGGGAUAUGUCUUGGGGCCGCUAUAUCCUGGAGACACGCAAUAUUGGAUCAUGAGCACAUACUUGCCUCUGGGUAUUGGCUUGUUUCACGCCUCAAACACCCGCUUUCUCCACGUUGCACAACGACAAAAGCAAUACGUUGACCGCGCUGAUGUGCUCAACGCUUCGACUGCGGCCAAGCUCAGUAACAAUGGUGGUAUUCUGAGCAGAUUUCGAAGACUCGAUCACACUAUCAAGGUUGUCAUUCUAGUCGGCUCUGGAAUGUUCUUCCAGCUAUUCAUGGCAAUCUUCAUGUUUCUCAUCUCCCGCAAAUGGCAUAGUUCAUGGGGCAUCCCAGGCACCGAGGUUUCUGGCACCGAAAUGGAGCAAAAGGUCCAGAUGGGCCGAGGAUGGGAAUGGUGGCCGUCUGUCUUGUGGCUGUUCUUCUGGGCCUGGAUUGUUGCGCCGUUCACGUUGUGGCGUGCACGAGAUAUCCGUGACACUCAAGGAUGGCGCACUCAAACCAUUUGGUGUGCGAUAUCCGGGCUUCACGCAGCACCCAUGUGGCUCAUUGCCCUCUAUGUCCCCGGGAUGGAAGCGAUUAAUCACCAGUGGAUUCCUCCUCAGUGGAUUGCCCUCUCCAUAUGGUUAAUGGAAAUAUUUACCGUCUUCCUCCCAUGCUGGGAAGUCUUGUGCCAUCAAAGCCUCUGCCAAGAGACGCUAAACACAAUUGAGCAGUGGGAGAACAACAAGACAGGCCUCGGCAAGGCCAUCAGAUCAUUCAAGUCCAAAUCGACAAUCAUCGACUCUAUCAAGACCGGAUGGAGGUCGACUAACAGUUCGAUCCAAACGUCUUCCGUCGAGUCGAUUCUGACGCUGAGUGCUCUCGAAUACGUACUGGAGAGGAAUCCCGAGCCUCUACAGCAAUUCUCAGCCCUGCGGGAUUUUUCCGGCGAGAACAUUGCGUUUUUAACAAGCGUAGGAGAGUGGAAGUCAUCGUUUCCCGCUUCGGUCCGCAGCCGCAGCGGCAUUAUGUCUGACGAUACGAAGCGGGAGCUGGUGCGAGAGCGAUUCAACCGCGCGCUUCGGAUCUAUACUGAGUACAUCAGCGCUAGCGAUGCGGCAUUUCCCAUCAAUAUCUCAUCAGUACAGUUGAAGAAACUUGAAUCCAUCUUUGAGGAACCCGCGCGUUCCAUGUAUGGCGAGAAGCAAGCCGUCAAUCCUGCAACUCCCUUCAACUACCCCGAAUGGAACAAACCCGGCUCUGUCGCUUCAUCCUGCGAGGCUUCCAAGUCAGUCUCUGAGAAAGACAGUAUUUCAGGUGACUGCGUCCAGUAUUGGGGUGAUAUUCCGGAAGACUUCGACCACGGCGUUUUUGAUGACGCCGAGAAGAGCAUAAAGUACCUGGUUUUAACAAACACCUGGCCCAAGUUUGUUCGCGAUCGCCGAGAUUCCAUGGAAUCCUUCGAGAACGCCGGGAGCACCGAAACCGGCGGCUCCAUGUGUUUUCCUCGCCCGAGUAAGCAGUAG